CUUACGGCAUAUAUACCUUCCAAAUCUUACUCGUCAACUACUUUAUUUGUCCACCACGAGUCCAUAAGACUUGAACUUUCAACCAUUUAGAAGAGCUAACAUAUUUUCAAACACCUUGACAUCGCUAGGCCAAUAGCUAUUUGAUAUAUAAUUUAUUAUGAUAUUCUCUAAAACAUGCAGAUUCCAGCAGACAUGGUGAUUAAUGUUAUGAUAAUAGCGAUGGGUGCCCACAUAAAUAAACCAGUGUCCAUGACUAUUUAUCAUGUUGGAUCAUCUAUGUCAAACCCAUUGAAAAUUUCUACAUUUAAGAAUUGUGUAAUUGAAUACUUUGCUAAGCAUCCAUUAAAAAGCCAGCAAGGAAACCCCAUCAUAACAUCCAAAACAAUUAGGUUGUUGAGUUCCAUGAGUAGCUUUAACAGAUAUAUGGUGAUACGUUACGUGAUUCCCUUAAAGGUAUUUAAAUAUCUAAACAUUCUACUAGGUAGGGCUUUUAAUGCAUGGUAUCUCGACGCAGAGCGAAAAAUCAAUAUCAUAUUCCGCUUAGCAAGUCUUUAUAAACCAUACGUUCUCAUCAACACAAUUUAUGAUGAUGCAAACCUCAACAAAUUGCACGACAUAUCUGAGAUGGAGACAUUUUUCUUUGAUGUGAAAUCUCUUAAUUGGGAAGACUUCUUCAUGAAUAUACAUAUCCCUGGGUUGGUGAAAUAUGCAUUAAGAAAAUAAUCACACAUAAGUAACUAAGACUUAAAAUUAUGUUCAUUGCUGUAAGGAAUUAUGUAAC